GCCGCCGAUGCUGUACAGCAGCAUCCACAGGGCAUGCGCUGUAGACACACAUGGAGCUGCUGCUGAACUGCUGCACGUCGUGUUAUUGAUCUGCUCGAUGCAAGAGAACAGCAGAUGGCUCCAACGGCUGAAUGAUCUGUAAGAGAACUCUGUGUGUACUAUCUAGAGGGGUUGGCCGUUCUCUUGUCUCUCUCCAAUCAUUUCCCCAAAGAAAAAUACUUAUUGCAACAUGGAGAGUUCGAAGCAGAUUAUUUACUUCUUUGGGCGAUGUCUUCUAUUGCUUCACGCCAUUUUAUCACGGAGCAACUUGGAGGUGGACGCCGGGACAGAAGACAUGACGACCCUACCGCCAAACUUUGUUCCCGUGAUUGACGGCGCAACGGGAUUGAGGCCGGCUGACCUGCCCGAAAUUCUGGCCGCUCCCGACGCCAAGGGGGAGAUCUGCACAUUGGCAAGUUUGGGGGCGACGGUCGUGAUCUGGCCAGAAGGGGAUGAAUCACGCCAGGUCCGAAUCGAAUUGCCCGAUCUCGACGCGACCGUUUCCACCGUUCAGAAUUGCUACGCCGCCGACAACAACAAUCCAUCGUCGCCCAAACCCAUUUUGGUCAUCACCUGGACAUCCUCCAUUCAACUUUGUUUCUACAUUUUCAAAGACGACAAGAACUGGACCGUCAAUCAAAUUAUAUUCGCCUUCAAUACUACGCUACUUCCGCUCGCCACUGGCAAAACAGGUGAAUUGCGAAUGUUUGGGAGCGAGGCGAACGCUCUGAAAGAACUCCAGGCUCCGCUUGGCCUCUCCUACCGCUGCUACGCUGCCAAGCAGUUCCCCUUGCUGCCGUUAGGUAGUGGUGCUGUUGUUGCCGGACGGAUUAAUAAUAAUAACAGCAACAUCCAGCCGGCCAGCGACAACGCCACCCUCAUCUUCAACAAUUUCCAGCUCCAGCCCUUUAUCGACAACCAGAAAGUCUUUGGUGAAGAGGUUCUCUGCCGGGAAGAUAAGAUGGCCAAGCGUCAUCGCCGACGUCGCGAUUCCAGCGUGACGAUUGCGGUCGGCAGUUCCCUUGCUGUCGUGUCGGUGGUGACUGUGAUGGGCUACGCCAUUUUCCGCUACGUCAAGAUCAAGGCUGUCGGUUACGACACUAUGGAGUAAUCAAUGUCAUUGGCUAAUAUGACUUUAUAGAGAGAAGAUAAUAAGACCGCAAUAAAACCUAAACACCGCGCGAAAUUCAUCCGAUCACUUUGAAUAAUUUAAGGUAAUAAGAAAAGCAUAUCAUUUUGUAAUUUAUUAACAAGUUGUGCCACAGCAGUUAACCCAAGUCUUCCAUGACCAUACCAUCAUCUCUUUUCAAUGUUAUUUAUUAAUACUGUAAUAUUUAUUGAUUGUGUACUUACUACUUUAUCGUCCCUAUAUCUUUUGAUAUUGAGUUCCAUUUUUAGGCUUUUUACUAUAUGGUCUACACCCAUCGAUUCUCAAUCCGUGUAUAUGUUGCAGUGUGUAUUGAUACGUCUAGUAGACUGAAGAAUUCAUACAAAUGUUCAUUACAUGUAUCACAAGAUC